AGCGGAAUUAACGAUGGGUGCGACGGAGGCGAGGCGGCGCGUCGCGCGCGACAGUCGGGACGAUGGGACGGAGAGCGCUCGAUCGUUCCGCGUGACGAGCUAAAGGGACGGCGAGGCGCGCUGCGUCGGCUCGGGGUGUUGCACGUCCGCUCGCGAGCGUCGGCGAUUAUGCAGUCUCGCGCGUCGCGCCCGUGUUGCCGCGCGGUCAGAUGAAGAAGGUGCUCGGCUCUCGUUUCCCGGCGUCUCGACUCGACCGACGGAAUGGUUUCCCUCGCGCGGCUCUCCUUCGUCGCGCUUCUCUACGCGGUUCUGACGCAUACGGCAGGGUCACGGGUACUCGAGCUCAGCGACAGAUUUCUGGAUGCGCACAAGGAUGGGCAGUGGCUGGUUAUGAUGUACGCGCCGUGGUGCGCACACUGCAAAAGACUGGAACCGAUCUGGUCUCAUGUCGCUCAACAUUUGCACGCUACGUCCGUACGAGUGGGACGAGUGGAUUGCACUAGAUUUACCAGUAUAACGAGUGCGUUCAAAAUUAAGGGGUUCCCCACUAUUCUAUUUUUAAAGGGCGAGCAGAAGUACGUAUACGAAGGCGAUAGAACGAGGGAAGAGAUAGUGAAAUUCGCUUUAAGACUAAGCGGCCCUCCCGUGCAGGAGAUAACGAAACCGCAGAGUUUCGAUACCAUAAAGAGAGAUCGCGAUCUCUAUUUCUUAUACGUAGGAGACAAAUCCGGAGUCUUAUGGGAACUUUAUUACAAGACUGCGAAUGUAUUUCAAGCGCAUGCAUUUUUCUUUCAAUCUCACCCGAGCGUUGUGAAUAAGCAUGCGCCUGUGGGCAAUGUUCCGGCGUUGUUCGUGUACAAGGAAAAUUUGCAUUACAAUUUUACCGGACACAACUUGAGCAACACGGAACAAGUGAACGAGACGCUCUAUAAGUGGGUGAACGCGGAGCGUUUUCCAACAUUCCCGAAAGUAACAAGAGGAAACAUAAAUCAAUUAUUCCUAACAAAUAAGAAUCUCGUUUUAGCGGUAGUGGAGGAAAACCAACUGGAGGAGGUCGCGCCCGAUAUGCUGGAAUUCAGAGAUAUGGUUGAAUCUGUGAUCAAGAAUAAACGAAAUAAGUAUCACGAUCAUUUCCAGUUCGGUUGGAUAGGUAGUCCCAAUCUAGUCAACAGUAUAGCGAUGACGACACUACCUAUACCGAGUUUACUUGUGAUAAACACAACUACCAAUCACCAUCAUAUUCCCGAGGAUGAAACAGAGAAGCUGACUCCAUACGUGAUAGAAUUGUUCCUAGAGCAGAUUCGCAACGAGAGUGCUCCGCGAUAUGGCGGGAACAAUUGGCUAGUACGUAGUUAUAGAAAGUGGUUCGAGGUGAAAACUGUUCUGACUUCGAUGUGGAAGGGCAAUCCUAUCCUGAUGAUGGUGCUGCUUGGAUUGCCGUUUGGAUUUCUGUCGUUGAUAUGUUAUGGCAUUUGUUGUCCAGAUUUAUUAGACGCAAACGACGACGAAGAUGAGAAUACUGGGACGUAUCACAUGAAGAACGAUUAAGAACAAGUACUAUUAAUAGAUAUAUAGAAUUCUCAGACACAUUUUUCAUUAUGUAUAGUGUAUAAAAGUGCUUCUGGUUGUAUCUACAUGUUCUUAACAAAAAUUUGCCAAAGCAGUUUUAAGAUUGUGAGAAUUUUUAUACAAUAAUUCAUAUAUUUUCGACAUUCCAUAUAUAUUAUUUUUCACCCACUUUGUACCGGCGACACUGAUUUCCUUUACGUGUUGUAUAUAUAAAAAAAAAAUUAUGUGUAUCCCUCGAGACAAUACGACCUACCGAGUUAAGCAAGUACGUAUACACUCGGAAAAAUUUGUCUUUUAACACAGCUUUAACGAAAAAGAGAAUGUAAUAUAUAUCAAAAAUUUGUAUAUUAAACACGAUUGUUCACAUAGUUUGUAAAAUCAUAUUAAACGUCAAACUAAACAUUGGUUUUUGUAUAUGUAUGGACAAGAUAAUGAUAAUAUUUAGCAUUAUGCGCAAGUUGUGCGGAACUGUUGUUUGUUGUAUCGUGUAGACCGCAGGUGUGAUUGCGAUUUCUUUUUUAGGAUGGAAAAUAAUUGUGCAUUUGCUGAAUGUAUUUAUAUGUAAAAAAAGAGUAAAUAUUUCUCCAAAUAUAUUAUUAUUACUACUAUUA